AUGACUUUCUUUCAUUCCUUACUUAUAGAUUUACUUUUUCAUUCAUUCAUGUUUGUAUUUUAUUCACUUUUCACAUUUCUGUUUGAUUUAUUGCUUCAUAUCAAUAUUUUGUUCAUAUUUCAAGUCUUUCAUUCACUUGUGUUUGUCUGUCACUUGCUUUUCCAAGUUUAUAUUUCAGUCAUUUAUCAUUCAUUCAUAUCUGCAUUUCAUUUGCUUCUCCCAUCUCUAUUUCAAUCAUUUUUUUUCUUUCAUAUCAUUAUUUUCUUUGAAUUUCAUGCUUCCAUUUCAUUCGCUUUUCAUUCAAUCAUGUCUCCACUUCAUUUGACUCUCAUUUCAAUACUUCAUUCACAUUUCAUCUAUGUCUGUAUUUCAUCCAUUUUUUUCAAUCUUCAAUCUUUCACACUUGUAUUUCUUUCAUUUUUCAUAUCUGUUUUUCAUUUGUUUUUCAUGUCUAUAUUUCAUUCAUUUUUCAUUCUUUCACAUUUGUAUCUCUUUAUUUUUUUGUUCUUUGAUAUUUGCAUUUCAUUCACUUCCCAUGUCUUUAUUUCAUUCAUUUUUUCAUUCUUACACAUUUUUCUUUCAUUUUUCAAUGUUUCACACUUGUAUUUCUUUCAUUUUUCAUAUCUGUUUUUCAUUUGUUUUUCAUGUCUCUAUUUCAUUCAUUUUUCAUUCUUUCACAUUUGUAUCUCUUUAAUUUUUUGUUCUUUGAUAUUUGCAUUUCAUUCACUUCCCAUGUCUUUAUUUCAUCCAUUUUUUCAUUCUUACACAUUUUUCUUUCAUUUUUCAAUCUUUCACACUUGUAGUUCUUUCAUUUUUCAUAUCUGUUUUUCAUUUGCUUUUCAUAUCUAUAUUUCAUUCAUUUUUUAUUCUUUUAUAUCUUCAUUUUUAAUAUUUGUAUCUCUUUAA